AUGUCAAACAUUCCUCAUGUAUCCAACUGGGUCAACGGCGCACAUGCUACAGCAUCGGCAGAACGUAUCACAGUGUUGAACCCAGCGACCGAAGAACCCCUCGCUACCAUUGACGCAACCACACAGGACACGGUCAAGGCCAUAGUCGAACAGUCCAACCAGGCCUUCACCCAGGGACCCUGGGCGCGAGCCGAUGCCUCAGACCGCUACGCCGUGCUGUCGAAAGCAGCCAGCCUGCUCCGCGCACGCAUCCCGGAAUUCGUCGAGCUCGAAACGCAGCAGACGGGGCGUCCGAUCCGCGAGAUGCGGGCCCAACUUGCGCGCGUGCCAGAGUGGCUGGAGUACUUUGCGUCCCUGGCGCGCGUGUACGAAGGGCGAGUGACGCCGUUCAAGGGGCCGGUGAUCAACACGCUCACGCGCAUGCCGCUGGGGGUCGUGGCGCAGAUCACGCCGUGGAACCACCCGCUGCUGAUCGCGAUGAAGAAGAUCGCGGCCGCCCUGGCCGCGGGCAACGUGGUCAUCGUCAAGCCGUCGGAGCUCGCGCCGCUGUCCGUUCUCAAGAUGGGGCCCCUGUUCCAAGAGGCCGGGCUGCCCGACGGCACGCUCCAGAUCAUCAGCGGCUACGGCCGCGACACGGGGAAGUACCUGUGCGAGAGCCCGCACCUCUCCAAGAUCGACCUGACGGGCGGCAUCGCGACGUACAGGGCGAUCGCGCCGGUCGCGGCGCUGAACAUGGUGCCCAUGACGGCGGAGCUCGGCGGCAAAGCACCCGUGUGCCUGUUCCCCAGCCUCGCGGUCGACGACGCGGUCAAGGCGGCGCUGUUUGCCAGUUUCAUCGCCAGCGGCCAGACGUGCGUCACGGGCAGCAGGCUCCUGGUGCACCGGGACAUGUACGACGCGUUCGUGGAGCUGCUGGUCUCGCGCGUCAAGGCCCUCAAGGUCGGCAGCCCGCAGGACCCGAGCACGCAGAUCGGCGCCGUCAUCUCGCGGGCGUCGGUGGCGCGGUGCGCCGAUUUCGUCGAGCGCGCCCGGCGCGACGGAACGGGCAGGGUGCUGUGCGGCGGGAACCCGACCACCGUCGACGGGAAGGGCUUCUUCUUCGAGCCGACCGUCGUCGAGACCUCCCCGGGCACCGACCUGGCCUGCAACGAGGUCUUCGGCCCCGUCAUCGCCGUCAUCAAGUGUGCGUCCGAGGACGACGUCGUGCGCAUCGCUAACACCGACACCGCCUUUGCCCUGGGCGCCUCGGUGUGGACGAGCGACUUUGCCCAAGCCCAUCGCGUCGCGAGCAGGAUCGACGCCGGCAUCGUGUGGGUCAACGGCCACCAUCUCAACGACCCGUCGUCGCCCUGGGGCGGCUUCAAGGAGAGCGGCGUCGGCAAGGAGAACGGCCAGGACGCCUUUGAAAGCUACACGAAACUCAAGAGUACAGUCAUCAACUACGGCAUUCAGCCUACCUGGUUCGAUCCGGAGAUUCAAGGUGCGAGAUAUGGGUAG